UCAGUAUACUUUCGCAACCGCUGGCACGGCCACACUCCACUGUUGGUGAUUCAGAUUUCAGUGGUUAUUUUUUGUCUGUUUAUGGCCCCUGUGGACACGGGAUUCGAAUACGCCUAGAGGAACGCAGCGGAACGACCAGGAGAGGACCAAGAUGACCUCGUACGUGCGCGCCAUGUACGACUUUAGCGGGGAGCCGGGCUCCUCGGAGCUCUCGAUCGCCACGGGUGAUGUGCUCUCGGUGACGCGGAGCGACGUGGGUGAGGGCUGGUGGGAGGGCAAGAACGCCCGGGGGCAGAUCGGCCUCUUUCCGGCGGCCUACGUGGAGGUGAUGUCGGCGGCAGAGGCUCAGAAGCUGAGCGCCAGCGGAGCCACCUCAGUGCCCCAGGUGCCGGAUCCCUUCGCCUCGCCCCCGCUGCCACGAUACGAUCAGACGGCCGACGACGACGGGAGUAACUGGGAUGACGAGGACGACUGGAGCGAUGACAACGAAACCUACUCGGAGAUUGGACCAGGUGGCCAGAAGUCCGCGGGUCAGGCGGCUCGCGCUGGCGGAUUAUCCCACUCCACCAGCGACUAUGAUAACAAACACCUACCCAUCGCCCCCAGCGAUGACACCCAAUCGCUGGCCUCCGUGGCUGGAGGAACCGGUGCUGCCGGCACCGUCAAGAAAGGCAUGUUUGCCAAAAGCUCCGAUUCGUAUAUACUCGGCUUGUCCAGCACCAAGGAGAAGAUACCCGAAUGCGAGAUGGCCUACAUCACACAGGUGGAGGACUCCAUCUAUCAGUGGACGCAGAAUCAUUCGCCCUACUCCGUUGUGGUGGCCAGCCCCAAAAAGGAGUCCAAGUUCAAGGGGAUGAAGACGUUCAUCGCCUACCAACUGACGCCUAGUUUCAAUAACAUAUCCGUGUCGCGUCGCUACAAGCAUUUCGACUGGCUGCACGAACGUUUGGUGGACAAGUUCUGCCUGAUUCCAGUGCCACCGCUACCGGACAAGCAGAUCUCCGGCCGCUAUGAAGAGCAAUUCGUGGAACAUCGGCGGGUGCAACUGCAGGAGUUCGUCGACUGGGUGUGCCGUCAUCCGGUGAUCUCCAAGUGUGAGGUCUGGUACCAUUUCCUGACCUGUCGCGACGAGAAGAUCUGGAAGUCCGGCAAGCGCAAGGCGGAACGCGAUCCAUACAUGGGCGUCAACUACUGUCUGGCCAUCUCGCCGCCGGACAAGAAUCUGCUGCACUCCAAGGUGGACGCCCAGUUGGAACUGGGCACACAGUUCAUCCACAGCAUGGACGUGGCCGUACGCAACCUAAACAACAUUUCCAACGACAUGGCCAAGCGCUCCAUGACGCAGAGUAAAAAGGAGUUCCAGCGCAUCGGCGACGGACUUUCCGACCUGGCCAAGGCGUUGGCCAUUGACGAACGGCGUGCGCCCACCCGGAACGCGGUUCCGCUGUCCGAGAGCGUCGGCCGCAUCGGUGGCAUCUUUAUCGGUAUUGGCCAGAACUUUGGCGAACAGCCAAAGCAAGAUUGGAUCCCCCUCUCGGAUCGACUGCAUAUCUACAGGGGCGUUCUUAACUGCUUUCCGGACAUCUUCUCCACGCACAAGGGUGCCAUACAGAAGCGCAAGGAAUGCGAGCGAUUGGCCGGCGAGGGCAGAAUGAACAAUCCCCAGCUGCACGACGUCAACCGGCGCACGGAUGUCGUCUCCUACACGGUUCUGGCCGAGUUGACCCACUUUAAGAGCGAACGGGAUACGCAUUUGAAGCACACGCUAAAGAACUUCAUUGCCGAACAGAUUAAGUUCUAUCAGGGCGUGGUGGCGCGUCUGCAGGAGGCCAGCCGCCAGAUCGAGUAGAUGGGGCCCCUUGACAUAUCGCUGGAGAUCGGCUGGGAGCACAAAGAAACAAAGAAACCAUACCGGGCACACACUUCCACAGAAAACACACACAGAUAUAGCUGAAAACAUUCGCACGCGCGCAUUUCAAAUGCCUUAGAAAGGAACUCUUAUUUUAAGCGUGGUUCUAACUAAAUGUUAAACGAGAAAAUAUUACAUAAUGUUUGUUUGUAAGUGAAAAGUUGCGUAUUUAUACAGAAAUUAACUUUUAUAUGCCUAUUAUACACACUGAACUUGAAAAGCAAAUAUAAAUUUAUUUAUACAUAA